AUGAAAGAUGGAAGUUGGAAUGAUGAGACCAAAACCAUGAUUGCUGCCAUGCCAACCUUCCUGGUGUGCCCGGAGCUCUCUACUGAGCCAGGGAUCCUCUCUACGUCCGCUCUACCUGUUGACGACGCCUGGAAGCACGUGGUCAGACAACGUCGUAACGCCGACAACUGUCAACCACCUCAAGACGUCCAUCAGCUCUUCCAAAGUCUCAACGCCAACACCAACGUCUCUAUCUUUCUUCGUAACGCUCAAGAUGGCAGACAAGGGUCACUCGGUAGUUGGAACACCGACCAUGUAUCCAACACCACUAACCAAGAAGGAAUCACCUGUCCCAGCAGCGUCAGUGACGACCCUAACGACCCCCUGUGGAGGAGGUCACUCUGUCCCUGGUACUACAACGUCGUCAACAACAACCGGCGAUACCCAAGUGCCAUCCCAGAGGCCGUCUGUAGAUGUGACAGAUGUGUCGACAAUCGCCAAGCCAAGUGCGAGAGAGUUACCACUCAAAUCCGAGUUUUAGAACGAACUGGUUGUAUAAAUGGUUUCUUUAUCUACAAGCCAAAAAGCGUUCCUGUCUCCGUCGGCUGUACGUGUGUGAAGCGACCGAUAGCGACAGUAGGUUGA